AUGCCCAGUUCUAGAUCAUCAACUGCAUCUCCAGCCUCUCGCUCUCAGGAAUCAGUCGCUGGCUCAUUUGCUGGUCCUGGGAUGGAAGUCUCCUCGCACGCAUCAAACUCACCACAACAUAAUGAUCCAAUGACCGACGACGAUCCCGACAACCAAUCACCGCCUCCUGAUAGUAAAAAUGCUGCAUCACAGCCUGCUGAUGCAGGUGAAGAGGAAGAGGAACCACAGAUUGUCGUUAUGAUGGAAACUGCAAACUCACCAACUAUACGUCAACGUCAAUCGCUAAUAAAUAGUGUCAAAUCACCUCAUAUCUCUAGACAGCCUUCUCCCUCUUCCGUCCGUGCUGAAUCUCCCGCUGCCAAUAUGGUACCUAAAGGCAGCAAACAGCAACAACCGUCUUCAUCUACUGGUGACGAAAAGGCAGCUACUGGUGGUGCUGCUCCACACGAGGAAGACUUUGACGAUACCAGUAAAUCAAAGAAACGAGGUCGACCACGACGAGGUGAAGGAAAACUGACGCGACCAUCUACAAUCACCGUCGAAUAUUAUGAAAGUCCCGAUGACUAUGCUGAAGAGCAAUUACCUGCCAAACGUCGACGCACCAAAAAGGAACAUGCUGAUUUUGGAACCGGUGAUGAAGGACCACCACUUCCUACUACUAGUACAACAACAACAAGUACAAGGCAAAGAUUGCCUCGUGUUGCUGCUAAUGCUGCCGCAACUGCUGCUGCUUCGGCAGGUACAGCAUCAACUAAACCUAAUACAACUCAACAAUCUAAAAGUCGAUUACUUGUCAAUACCGCCAAAGAUCAUGAGGACAAGCGUCAUAAUGACGAUGACGAUGCUCGUUCUCAAGGAUCGCAACAUACUGGAUCACAUUUCUCGAAUGGUGAUACUCCUGUAAAUGAGUCGGAUGAAGAUCAUAAUGAAGAGGAAGACGAUGAAGGAGCUGCUGAAGCUGCAGAUGAAGACGACGAAGAAACUUUAGAAAGGAAGCGUAUUGUUCGUUCAGCUCGUGCCGAGUCACUGGAUUUGAGACGUCGAGUAGAGAAUACUGUUGCCAAGUAUUAUGAUCUCAAAUUACAGGAAUUGGCUAUUGAAGAAGAACGAAUCAAGUCUCGCAAACAUCCAGACUUUACACGAGGAUUGCAAGAGAUUGAAGAAAAGAAGGAAGCUCAAUUGAAGAUGGCUGAAAACAAGUUUCAAAUGGCUAAAGCUGCUGCCAUUGAAUUGUUUGUAUCAGCUCAAAAGUCUGCCAAGGAUACCUUCAUUGGUCAACGUCGUAAAUUACGAAAAGAUUUGGCCGAAUUCACUCAACGACGAAAAUUCCAAUUACAAAAUGAGUACUCUACAUUACUGUCACGACAUGCACCAGCGGCAGUUCGAGAACCUCGAGAAGAUGUUGUUGAGAGGCAAAGGAAGCGAGAAGAAACUCUAGAAGAAGCUCUUGGUCAACCAUCUGGAUUACCACCCAACUCUGGUAACGUGCCUGAUUGGGUACGCUUGGAAGCCAGGAAUCAACGCCGAGUUGGUGAUGGGCUGCUAGUUCCUACAUUCUGUGGAUCAUUGACCGAAUUAGAACAAGAGCAAGAUAUGCUGGUUAUUCGAUCCAAGGUUGGGGAAAAUGGAUUCUAG